AGAUCUUCUAACAGGCAGUACAGGGAACACCGGAUCAGUCUCAAAAGUCUCCUUCCCUUGUCCUUCCCUGUCUCCUUCUCUCCUGUUACUGGAGGGAAUCACUUUAAGUCCCACCUUUAUGCAUCUCUUCACCAAUGUGCAACGUGAGGAAAUGAGUCAGAAGCAAGGAGGGAGAGGAAAACUAUUGACAUUCAGCCCUGGGCAGUGGUUUCAGUUAUUUACUCCAUCAAGCUACACAGAGCUCAAAAUGUACAACUAGUUUCAAAUUUCAAAAUAAACAUUUUAUUGAAAAACGUGUUGCCAUUUUCUUAAGAAUAGUACAAUUAUGUGCCCUGUCUAAAAAUAUACGUGAUCCAAAAUAUAUAGUUUAUUAUAAAUAGAUCGUGCUAAACCUAAUUUAUCACAAGUGUGCCAUUUUUUAAAAUCCUGUGUAUACUUUUAUUUUGAAGGCACAGUCGCGUAGUUUCCGGUACUCAUCUGACGUUUUCUAGCUCGUUUGACGCAGCUCAUAACCAGCUGCCUCUGGUUGCUAGACGACUCAAUCCGCAACACCGAUGUGCAAACAGUGACCCCCUGCAAGGAAAGAAAACUGCGUUUUAACGGAUUUCAGGAAGAUACGGUCAACAAGUGUCUAUCACCGCAUCAACGGCUCGUCACGCGCAGAGUCCGCGGUGUUAACGUGGGACGAACAUCCGUGUUGUAGUUCAGCUAACGUCUCUUUUGUUGCCCUGUGUUUUUUUUUUUUUUUUUUUUACUACUAACGUUAGCGAGAGAGGCAACCUGAAAGAAAUGAGAGGAUUAACGUAACGGAGAAAGUUUAGCUUCCCAGCUAUGUUCAGUGCCACCGCUAAGAUGUCUCUGGAGGCGAGUGAUGCUCAGACUGAUGAAGACUACGAGGAGCUGGGCGAGGAUCGCUUCUCUUUCUCUGCCGAUAUUUUGGAAAAGAUAAAAAGAAGGAAGAGAUCCUCCAACAAGCCUCCUCUGUCUCCAACGUGUGUAUGUGUAGGGUCUCCGUACCUCUCCAGUAUGAAUGUGAACCCCAGGAGAGCAGCGGUGGCGGCCUGGAGACUGCCGAGGGCCUCCCUUGGGGACACCAGAGGGGACACCCUUGGGGGGAGUGGUUCAGCUCGCCUCACAUCCCUCAGCAACGGCCAUGAUGCGUCCCAGACACUGAGGUCAGAGUGUGAUGUCACGCCCGAGCUUCUCAAGAAGACCUUCAGCACGAGGAAACACAAACAUCUCCUCUCCGGAUUCAACGGCUUCACCGUCAGCACAAGUGACUACAGAGACAAGGAGGACAUGUACGAUGAGAUUAUUCGACUCAAGAAGAGUCUUCAGGCACAGAAGUCCGACAACCAGCAAAUGAAAGCCAAGCUACGCCGCCUGGAGGAAGAUAACGCUAAACGAGAGAAACAGAUAGAAGAGCUGUUGGAUCCCACUAAAGGAUCUGAAUAUACUCGUAGUUUGGUGGAUAAGAAGAAAGAAGGCAGUGUGGUUCUCAAUGGGCUGAAACAGAGAAUCCUGAAGCUGGAGCAGCAGUGUAGAGAGAAAGAAAACGCACUGAGUAAACUACAAAGCGAGCUGAGGACCACCAACCUGGAGGAGCUGAAGAUCACAGUAGAAAGCUACUUUGACGAGAUCCAGAGGCUGAGGAUGCUUCUAGAAGCUACAGAGAAAAGUAGUCGAGCGGAGAGCAAAUGCUCCCAGAGGCAGCAGAAGGUUUUGAGCUCCGCGGUUCAUCGUCUGUCGGAGAACCUGAAGCAGCUCCAGCAGGAGAACAUGGCGCUGCGAGAGGAGCUCAGCACCGACAGUCCUGCAGGAGGAAUCAAAGGUUACAGAGAGUGGAGUAAACUGAGACUGUUGAGAAGGCUGUUGGAGGUGGAGAAGAGGCUGGAGGACGGCAGAGGACACGCCCAGUCAGCAAAGCGCGGCGGCCGAUUGGAUCGGGAGGUCCAGGCCUCGCCCGCGGAGAUUCCGGGGUUUACCAUGGCAACAGAGGCAGUGGUCUCCGUGGGAACGAUGACUGAGGAAGGGGAGGAGCCUUCUGGUCUGAGAGAACGCCUCGACCAAUUGGAGGAGGAGAGGGUGGAGCUUCAAGAGAGGCUGUCAAGUAAAGAUGAUGAGCUGAGACAGUCGAGGACAGAAAGACAAGAAUCGGAGACGGAGACAGAACGAUGGAAAGCUGAGCAGACAAAUGUGCGGGACAAAGAGAAGCAGCAGCAUAAACUGGAGUUGGAUCAGUUGUGGGCGAGGAUCCAGACUCUAGACGACAGAAGUAAACCUGCACAAGCUGAGCUCCCCUCUCUCUCUGCCGCAUCGCCAGAGGACCACGAGGACACUCAGGCUGGAGCAGGUCCAGAGGAGGCAGACGAGAGGGACACUAAGGGACGAGAGGAGAAGGAGGGGGGAGGAGACGAAGAGAAGAAAGAAAGAGAGAAAUCAGCGUCGGUUAUCCAGACAAACUGGAGGGAGCACAGAAACCGGGACAUUGUGAUGCUGCAGUCAGCGUUGAGAGCUCAUCUCCUCAGAGAGUCACAGCUAAAGGACCUGCUGAAAGAAACACAGAAUAAGGCCGUAGAGGCAACAAGCCGCCGUGAUGCUGCAUCCUCCGCAGACGGAGAGUUUGACGUGGUUGCCUUGAUGAUGGUACAGUCCGCAUUCAGGGGACACCUGGCUCGCUGUAGCCGGGCAACAGAGAGUUCAGGGUUCUCUGAGCCUUCUCCACUGGGAAACAACAUGCCCACGCUGAUGCCACGAAGAGCUCGCUCAACACACACACCCAGCACAACAGACGGUGGAAAGCGGGGAGAAGAAGAAGACCCCUGGCUUGUCUCUAGCACUCACUCCUCCAGGAUGACACCACCAACAGACCAAACGGAGCUUCGGUGCACAGCUGAGUCUGGUGGAGCCGUUGAUUCUGACGACUCCGACGACAUCAUCGUAUCUCCGUCACGUCCUCUGAGAAGCAGAGAAGUCUUAAUCUUAUAGACCUUCUGGGUUGUGUGUGUGUUUUUAUGUAUGUAUGUGUGUGUGUGGGUGGGUGUGUGAGAGCGAGAGAGAGAGAGUGUGUGCAGGAAGAAUGUCUGUCUGUGUUUCUACACACGGUACCAAAUCCUCAUGGUUUGGGUUCUCACUGAACCUGCAAACGAUAGCUGUGAUAGUCAGGACAACAUUUUCUCUCCAUAGUAAUAAGCAGAGUAUUCUGGGACGUCGGAUGCAGGUUUAUGACAUGACGUUACGAGGCACAUAAACACCUCACUCUGACACUCUCCAUAUACUUCAAUGCAGCCCAGUGUUGAAGUGAGGCAAUAGGAUAUGCUCUUUCAGUGCAGGAGAAAGCACUUGCAUAAACAUGAAAUGGAUAUCCCAUUUGAUUUGAAGAUCUUGUGGUUAAUCAUAUGUGCCAAAGUGCCUAGUGCAUGGUUAUUAUAAUUCAAAUUACGGUAAUAAAUGCAAUAAUUUCUCUUAAAAUGACCUGACACACCACUUUAAAUUUCUCUGGAGUUCACGGGCUCGAUCGUAUUUUGACUUGCCUGCUUCGUAACACGCAGACGGCGUUACGCUCGUCUAUCGUGUGCGCUUCGUAAAACGACGGCUGAUUGUGAGGUAUGAUCGAGGGACGAUUCUCUGAACUGAUGAGUUCAGAGUUCUAUUGAGUCAAACUGUGAAUAAAUUAUAGAUCAUUCUGCUGCAAUACUGAACACACAGUACAGUGGAGGAUACACCGGGAGUAAUGUGUGUGUGCUCUAUCAUGGACAAAUGAUCAACGGAUGAGUGCAGUCCCCCCCACAUGAUGUGUGUAACUUAAUGUCUGAGACUUUCAAUAAAAAUCCUGUUUUUAUAAUGAAACCUCUUAUGUGUGUGUGUUUUUUUUUAUCGGAAAGCAGUGGAAAUAUUAAAGUAUAUUUACUUUGGCACUUUACAAUUUUGAGGUACUUGCACUGUACUUCAGUAUUACCACACUCCACUGCACUGACACAUCAUUUAUUUGACAACUACAGUUACUUUUUUAGAUUAAGAUUUAUCAUAAAAAUCACAUGAUAGUUGUUUAAAAUAACUCCACCUCGACAUGCUGCACAUGUGCACAUUAAUGCAUCAGUAAUGACAGAGCUGUCCAAGAACCAAUACCAAGCUAUAAACA